GGGAAGGGGGAGGUGGGAUCACACCGCCCCUUUACAACACGUGAAGAGAAGGACGCUGCUGCUUGCUCCCCCCCUCCUGUUUCCUCUCGAAUGGUCUCGCCCGCCCGGGCCGGGGAGCGGGGCUCACACGUGGGCCGGGCCGCGCCGUGCGGCGCAGGAUGCCGUGCUGAGGUGUAUGAUGGCUGUGUGGGCUCGGCAGGUCUGCCGCUGGGGCUGUCUGCUGAGCACGGCCCGUGCUGCGGAGUUCCCCGGGAGGCUGAGCAGCCGCGGCCGCUCCGCACGGGCCUGCCGUGAGCUCGGCCCUGCGGCUGCGCUGCCCGCUGGAAAGGAGCGCGUUCUGUGCGGGCUGCAGGCACGCAGGCAGGUGUCUGCGGGAACCUGCCCUCCGCCCGACAGCGCCGAGGGUGGACCCCGCUCUUCUCCCCAAAGUAACUUGCCUUCAGUACAACAGAAACAAGCAAAAGCAGAAACAUUACCUGAUCUGAAUGCAAAAAUACUGGACGAAGACUGGGAUGACAUCCCACCUUCAUCUGCUCUGGAAGUGAUUUCUGAGGAAGAAGCUGUACAGAUCAUUGCAGAACCACUUCUCCCCAUUCAGUCUUCUACGCUCCGGGAUUAUGUUGAUCACUCAGAAACGCUUGAGAAACUUGUCCACCUAGGAGUUGACUUAUCCCAAGUGGAGAAACGUCAAAAGGCAGGUCAGCUUUUACUGACCUUGGACUUUGAAAAAGAUGUAAAAAAAAUACUUCUGUUUCUUAAGGAUGUGGGUAUAGAAGACAAUCAAUUGGGAUCAUUCCUGACCAAAAAUCCAUACAUCCUUGGUGAAGAUCUAGAAGCUUUAGAAACCAGAGUGGCUUAUCUAAAAUCAAAAAAAUUUGGUCAGUCAGAAAUUGCUCAGAUGGUCUCAAGAGCUCCAUAUUUGCUGUUGUUUUCAGUGGAAAGACUGGAUAACAGACUGGGUUUCUUCAAAAAUGAACUUGGACUCAGUGUAAAAAAGACAAAGGAUCUGGUAAUUCGUCUUCCAAGGCUACUGACUGGCAAAUUAGAGCCUGUAAAAGAAAAUCUUCAGGUUUGUCAAAUUGAACUUGGUUUUCAACCUAAUGAAAUUCAACAGAUAGUGUAUAAAACUCCCAAGAUUUUAACUGCAAGUAAAAAGAGACUCAAACAGACAUUUGACUACUUACACAACAUAAUGGGCAUUCCUCACCACAUGCUUACUCGCUUUCCUCAGGUUUUCAACACAAAGCUAUUACGAAUCAGAGAGAGGCACAUGUUUCUUGCAUUCUUGGGAAGAGCCCAGUAUGACCCAGCACAACCCAGCUACAUCCCUCUGGAUCAGCUGGUAUCCUUGCCUGAUGAGGUGUUCUGUACAGAGAUUGCCAAAGCGUCUAUGCAGGACUUUGAAAAUUUCUUAAAAACACUUUAAUUAGUAACACAUGUAAAAAUAUAGAAUUAAGUUACAAAAUAAACAUACUUUAUAGAACUGCUUC